CGUCCGCCCUCCUGAUUGGAGGAGAAGCACUCCAUGGUGGUGGGCAGCUCAGGGGACAACAGUAUCUUCUUGGAGCUUUCCUCCACACCUCUCCUCUCCCUACAUGGGGGAAGGGACAUCAUGUGUGGAUUCAGCGAGAGUCAGGGAGGAGGGUGGGAUAGAUCAGAGUCUGGGAUUUGUGGACAGGAGGAAACAGGUUGGGAGAAUCGUGACCACUGGCCAACUGUCAUUGUGUUCUGAGGAACAGAGUCCUCAGCCUGGCAUCACCAGGUCCUUAACUGGGGUGGUGGUGGAUGGGGAGAUCUCAGGACCAUCAGAACCAAGAGUGGAGGCCAUCCCCCAGCCUCCAUCCGCCAGCCCAAAGAGGAAGAGGGACUUGUCAUCGGAUUCUGAGGAUGACCUGGCAGAGCUUUGGGACCCUGAACCCGAGCCAGUGUGGUCAGUGGAGACACUGUGUGGGCUCAGGAUGAAGCUAAAGAGGCAGCGUGUGUCUACAGUGAGGCCUGAACACCACAAAGUCUUUGCCAGGCUGCUGGAGGAUCCCGUGGUGAAAAAAUUCCUGGCCUGGGACAAGAUGCUGAGAGUGUCUGAUAAGUACCUCCUGUCUAUGGUCAUAGCUUAUUUCAGCCGUGCAGGGCUCUUCUCCUGGCAGUUUAGGCCAAUCCACUUCUUCCUGGCUCUGUACCUGGCCAAUGACAUGGAGGAGGACAACCAGGCCCCUAAACAAGACAUUUUUUACUUCCUCUAUGGGAAGAGCUAUGCCCAGCGCCCCAUGUUCCACAAACUGCGGUUCCAGCUCAUUCGGUCCAUGGGCUGGAGGAUCUGGGUGUCCCGGGAGGAGUGUGAAGAGAUCCAGGCUUACAACCCAGAGCUGUGGGUGUGGGCACGAGAUCGCACCAACCUGAACUUAGAACCAUAAAUCCAUAGAGGCUUGAGGUCAUUGGCCUGAGGAAGAUCCCUGUGCCUGAGGGAGACACUCUAUGCCAACAUUAAGGACUGCUGGGGGAAAGAAGAGAGGACUGCCUUGCACAGGAGACUAGAAGAACCCAGAUUCUUCUAGAAGGAGUGGAAUGGAAUCACCACACUGUGCUCCUGGGGGUGGGAACACAUGUAGAGGCUCUGGAGGGGAAAUGAGAAAUCAGGAUUCCUCCAGGGCCCAUUCUACUCAGCGGCACCAUCCAGAUGUUAUGCCUAAUGUCCUCAGUCCCAUCUCCCCGAGGUAGCUGCUGAAGGCCCAGUGAUUUCCUAUAAUUUGUCUCCACAAUCUCAGGCCAUUGAAGGAGGCACUCAGGGCUCAGAUGAGGAGGGACCUACCUUCAUAAUAUAGUAUUUGAUUUAUAUAAUUGUAAUAACUUUCACAUGUCACAAGUUUUAUUGCGUUAUCAAUAUACAUAACAAGUUUUGUUAUAUUAUUAAUAAAUAAACUUCAUUGUAUUGUUACAUGUUCACUACGGAAUAAUUAGCAUAUUAGUUUUAUAAUGGUUCCAGUUUUGGGAACAUGCUGCUCCUGUAUUUUAUCAUAGCUCUUAUAAUGUUUAUAUAUCCAUAACUAUUUUCAUUAAAUGGAGAAUUUUUACCUUUUAAAAUCUAUUAUAUUUAUGUGUCUAUUUGUCUUAUAUCUGGGUAGCAGAACCCUAGAUCUUUGUGAAUAUAAGUUUUUAUUUAUUUUAUAUUUAGUCUCCAUUGUUGAAUGUAAACAUUUAGCUUUGAUACUUUAACUUGCUUGGACAUGUUUGUAUAUUACUUUAAAAAGGCUAUGUGUGUGAAAGAGCAUCCAUGUUACAAGGUCCUUCCUCUGGGGACAGAUAAUAAAGAUUAAGUGUGUUUUAUGUUCUAUGAGUUUAUGUUA